UAACAGUAGUUGUGAUGUUAGCCUGUUUUCUUGGACACUCCUAGCGCUUAUCCCACUGCCCGCUAAUUGCCUCAAGCCCCCUCAGGAAACCAUGGCCGAGCAGGCCUCGGGACCCCCUCUGUCGUCCCAACAUGACGAGGUGCUCCAGCAGCGAGUGGCCGCUCUGGAGCAGGAGAGGGCCGAGUUCAUCAAACUCAAGCAGCAGCUGGAGGCAGAGUUUAACCAGAAGAGAGCCAAGUUCAAAGAGCUCUACCUGUCCAAGGAAGAGGAGCUGAAGAGGCAGAACGUGGUGCUGGAGGGCGCCCAGGUUGAGCUGAGCACCCUCCAGGACCAGCUGUCUCAGGCCCAGGCUGAGAUGGAGACCAUCAAAGCGGUGGCCACUGUGUCGGAAAACACCAAGCAGGAAGCCAUCGACCAGGUCCGCAGCCAGUGGCAGGAGGAGGUGGCCUCGCUGCAGGCCAUCAUGAAAGAAACGGUGUGUGAGUACGAGGUCCAGUUCCACCAGCGUCUGGAGCAGGAGCGGGCCCAGUGGAACCAGUACCGGGAGGCAGUGGAGAGGGAACUGGGUGAGCUCAGACGCCGUCUCACAGAGGGCCAGGAGGAGGAGAACCUGGAGGACGAAAUGAAAAAAGCGCAGGAGGAUGCAGAGAAGCUACGUUCAGUGGUGAUGCCCAUGGAGCAGGAGAUUGCAGCCCUGAAAGCAAAGCUGACCACAGCUGAAGACAGGGUGAAAGAGCUGGAGGCCUCAAAGGUCAAAGAGCUCAAUCAUGUUCUUGAGGCUGAGAAGUCUUGUCGUACGGACCUGGAGAUGUACGUCGCCGUGUUGAACACUCAGAAGUCUGUCCUGCAGGAGGAUGCAGAGAAACUACGGAAAGAGCUCCAUGAUGUCUGUCACAAGCUGGAGUUGGAGCGGCAGCAGCACAACCAGCUGAAACACACGUGGCAGAGAGCCAAUGACCAGUUCCUCGAGUCCCAGCGCCUCCUCAUGAGGGACAUGCAGAGGAUAGAGAGCGUGCUGUCCUCAGAACAGCUCCGCCAGGUGGAGGAGAUGAAGAAGAAAGACCAGGAGGAGGAUGAGAAAGAGAGGCUGAGCCAAGUGAAGGAGCUGCACGAGGAGGAUGUGGGAGACAACACUGAGCCUCUGGAGGAUUUAUUCCUCGGGCUGAGUGUCGAGGAGCCCCAUGCCAACCACAGCGGCCAUGGCUCUAUGCACUCCUUAGACACUGACGUGGUGGCAGGCGGGUCGAUGGAUCCUUACAAGGAAAACCUUCGGAGAGUUCAGUCAACGGACAGCCUCGGCUCCUCGCUGUCCGUCCAGCAAGGCCUCAACCACAAAGCCAAGUCGGCCAGCCAUUUAGAUGAGUCAGACUUUGGGCCCUUGGUGGGAGCUGACUGCGGCGUGACGGACAGUAGUUUUGGUGAAACUUCGUCCAUCAGUUCCAUCAAGCUGACGGCAAGUCAUUUCCUGUUGACUAAAGACCAGGAGAAGGCCAUUAAGGCCAUGACGCCCGAGCAGGAGGAGACGGCAUCGCUCUUGUCCAGCAUCUCCCACGCCCCUGACACCGCCUUCUUACCACCGGUGGGCUACAGACUUGUCAGCGACAGCGAGUGGAACCUGCUGCAGCAAGAGGUGAAAAAUGCUGGCAGGAAGCUCGGCCGACGUUGUGACAUGUGCUCCAACUACGAGAAGCAGCUGCAGGCCAUCCAAGGACAAGAGGCUGAGACAAGGGAUCAGGUGAAAAAGCUGCAGGUGAUGCUGCGUCAGGCCAACGAUCAGCUGGAGAGGACAAUGACUGAGAAACAGAAUUUGGAAGAUUCCGUCAAAGUAGGCAACGAGGAAACCGCUGCCAAGGUGUCCGCCUUCAUGCAAAGGGUCCAGGAGUCAGAGACGCUGCUCAGCACACUACAGCAGGCCUUCAGUGAAGCAAAGAGGAACACCCAGGAACAGAUGGUGGUGCUGGUGAAGUCGAGGGAGCAGGUGGCAGAUGAACUGAGCCGACUGCAGAGAGACAACGAGAGCUUGCAGGGGAAACACAGGCUGCAUGUCGAACUGCAGCAACAAGAAGACUUCCAGAUGCCCAAUACUGUGCAAGAGCUACAUGGCCUGGUGUUGCGGUUACGUGAGGACCUGGUGGCGUUGCGGACUUCCGCUGAUCACAUGGAGGAAAAGCUGAAAGCUGAGAUUCUGUUUCUGAAGGAGCAGAACCAGGCGGAGCAAUGUCUGAAGGAGAACCUCGAGGAAACUCUGCAACUGGAGAUCGAGGGCUGUAAGGAGGAGAUAGCAUCUUUCUCCAGUCUGAAGACAGAGCUGGAGCGAAUAAAGGCAGAGAAGGAACAGAUGCAGAGCAGUCUGGCAGAGAAGACUGAGACACUGGAAAGAAUCCAGGGCCUGAAGAUCAACCUGGAGCAUCAGCUCAGAGAGCUCACCACAGCAAAAAGUGCACUAGAGAGUCAGGUGUUUGAUGAGAAAGACAAAGCCCAGCGGCUGCAAACGGAGCUGGACGUCAGUGAGCAGGUUCAGAAGGAUUUUGUCAAACUUUCUCAGACCCUUCAGGUACAGCUGGAGCGAAUACGACAGGCGGACUCGUUGGAUCGAAUCAAAGUCAUCCUCAAUGACACCAACUUGACUGACAUCAACCAGCUUCCAGAGACAUGAUACCACUGAAUGAAAACUGCCUUCAGUUUCAUUCCCCCCUUCUUUAUCUUUUCACUGGCCCUAAUAACAUUAUUGAUCCGACCCUUCCUCCUCCUCCUCCUCCUCCUCCCCCAUAACCACCACGGAAGAAGAGUUUGGAGGGACAGACUUGGCAUGAGGAGCCUUUUGUGUACAUUAAGAGUCUUGGAUAGAAUAAUGAAGAAGAACACUACUAAAAUAAAUGUAAAUAACUAAAUGUGUGACUCUGGACGGAGGGAAUCCAUCUUCCUGUGGGUCUGUCUGUGUCUUGUUUCUACUGUAGAUAUAUGACUGUCUGUAUUAGCUCAACCAAAAAAGGUUUGUCAUCUUCUAAAGCACUUUUCAUCUGCAACUUCUCUUUCCAGGUAAUUAUAGAAAACAAUUGGAUGCAUAACUUUUCUCCUUCUGUUCUCAAAGCGGUGGAUAAUCGCUUCCUUGUUCCACUUGCUUGUUCUUUCCCCGUGUUUCCUUUCUGGCUAUUUUUCUGAGACAUUUUCCACCUUGUUCUGGUCAUUUCACCCUGUGACAGAGACACGAUGAAGGAGAUUCAUGGAAAUUACUUGCACAUAACUUAACUGAGAUAAAAAAAAGGAACACUGUUUGAGCAAUACCCUCCAUUUCUUAUACAUCCUUUACUGUAUCUUGCUUCUUUCUUGCUCUUAACGUCUGACAGAAGCCUUUUUUUUUUUAAACUGCAGAAAUACAGUGAGAAAUAUUCAGUUGUGUUUCAAAGUUUUAUUCUUCACUCUAGUUUCUAGAAAAGGAAACUAUCAAAUCACCAAUCAUCAUUAGCCAAGUUCAUGUCAGAGAGUUGCUAAAACUUUGCAUUUUUUAUUGAUUUCUUUUUUGAGUUUCUCGAAGGUAAAGUUUUGAUUUUUUUGAAGUGGGGUUGUAUGAGAUACUAAUCCAUAGUCGUGGUAGAUGACUGUUGGCGUGCCCCCAGUUUGGAAACUGGUACUGGUAUAGAGGCUAAGCAAUGUACGGUGGUGGAAGGGGUGCAGCAGCUUAACAUGUAGACACGGGAAAAAAAUCAAAAUCAGUUCAAGUGUGUGCUAUAUGUAGAAUAUUGAAGGCAGUUGCAGACCAGCAGCUCCUGUGUUCUGCAGCUUAAAUAACUGUUUUUGUCACUGAAGUCUGGUUUCUUUUAAGAGAACAUGGAACGACUUCAGUUCUCCUCACGUAAACUUAAACAGAGCUGUCUGCUGGUUGCAUUGCUUAGCUUCCAUGCCAGUACUGCAUGCUUCUCCAAACCGACAUCUACUGCAGGUAAUACACUGACUGUGGAUAAGUACCUCAUACAACCCGACUGUAAACAUUUAAACUAUGCCUUUAAUGAUUUAAAAAAAACUGGUACCUUAUAGCCUACUUCUUAGGAAGAUGCAUGCUUUUGUUUACAAAGAUGAGCAUCUCUGCCAGUCCGACCGUAGAUCACCAACACGACAUUUAACCAACAGAAUUAGUGCAACACAACAUCAGCCUCCGCUAUCAGUGAAUAUUAUCGUUUUUGUCGGUAUUGCAGUCAACAAGGCCAUUAAUAACAAUAUCAGCCAAUGCCAAUGUAACACGCGUAGCUCCUUUUAUUGAUAAUGUAUUUCUAAUGCUGUUAAAUUGUAUUAAGCGGCAUUUUCAUUCUAAUGGAAAGGCUCACAAGCACAUCGGGCGCGUAGGGGGGAUGCCUUAUUUAGGGACACUUAAUGAUGGGAGAAAAAAGCUUUUGGUGUAUUACCUUAAAAUGCAACUGCACCAAGCCCCCGCAAAGAGCGCCAGGCUUUUCAAAGCCAAUUUUACAUAGUCAUCAAGCUUAACUUCAGCUUAACUUCACUUACUGCAAAAUUUUGAAAAAUGCUAAAAGUGAGCAAGGGGCUCAGAGGGAGGCAGGGACGGGCUGAGGAGUGUGUGGCUUUGAUGUACGAGGUGUUAACAUUCUUGUUUUAACUUUAAUGACCCAACCAGUCGACUCUUUGUCAGCAUCAGCCUAACAAGGUCACAUUCGCAAAAAAAAAAGAAAAAGCACUCGGCACAUUCCGUAGGAUAUAAAAAGUUUUCAUGAGAAUACGAUGACUCUAAAGAUUAUAAAUCUUACAAAUGAGCAUAAAGAUGCACAUUUAGAGAUGGUUAUUUUAGGGUGUUUUACUCUGUUUUUCGCAUGUAGCUUAUUCUUCACAAUUCACUUAUGGAUGCUUGGCAUAACUUUUUAAUGGCAGCAAGCCCUUUAGCACAAUUUUUCAAUAAGCAGGGCUAGAACUCCCACAACAUCUGAAUAAGACGACAUGAGACCAUUAGUGAAAUGUUCUCUGCUGCAUUGAAAGUUCACGCUUGGCUUUAGGCACCAUAACUACUUGGUUAGGGUUUGGAAAAGUUAGUUUUCUUGGGUUAAAAAUGUUACAUACGUCAGUUAAAAUAAGACCUCCCUAAAGUACAUCACCAGACUCUCUCCUUUACAGAAGCAAAUUUGACACAAGACAUUGAUUAAGCGUAACUCCUGGUUCAUUCCCCCUACAACCCUAUCUUCCUAAUGGAAUCAUUAAAUAUGUGAAUAUUAAAGGGAAACUUAGCCAUUUUUCAAGGUAAACCAUAUUUUCCUUCAACAAUGUACAUCCACUACAAGUGCUUGUUUUUGCCACUGACAGGUUCAGAUUGUUUCGUUCUAAAAUCUCAUGUGGCCUCUUUUGCAUUGUCAAAAUCAGUUAAAUAUUCAGCCAUGACGCUGAAAAUCUAUCAAAAAAACCUACACUUUCUGUACUCAAACAUAACAAACUCUUCCGACACUCCUCUCUCCAACUUCCACUCACAUUUCCACCGUUGUCUUUGUCAACAAAGCGUCUCAUGAGAUUUCAGAACGAGACUUCUACUUGAGUGAGACUUUGUUUAAGGCAAUAAAACAAAAAGACCAGGUCAAGCGAAAGAUAAUGUUUUAAUAUGCUGUAGGGUCCUUGGGUGAAAAAUACCAAAGUUUCUCUUUAAAAAUAUGUUGUAUGGGGAUGGGUAAUUUCUAAUCAGUCUAAGUGAGUGGCUUCAUGUGCUGUUUGACCAGUUUAAUCAACACAACUCAAGAGCUGUUAUUUGUAAAGUAGAGGCUGAUUUUAAGUACUAAUAGAUUAGCUGGAAAAAUGCAACUGUUUUUAAUAAGAUUGUAAAAUUACUCAAAAAUGAUAGUCUAAAACUUCACUUUUUAUUAUGCCGACAGAAAUUAUAUGUUUUUCCACCCCAGUUAACUAAUUUCAGUAUUUUUUCUAUGUUUUCAAACCGUUUCCCACGAAGAUUGUGACUUUAUUUUCUGCACUCACUUUUAUGGAAAAUAUGUCAUAAAAGAAUAUUCCUGAAAUGGAGUGAGGGAUUCCCUUUGCAUUAAAGAAAACAAUAUAUAUAUAUAUAUAUAUAUAUAUAUAAACAUGCAUAUUGCAGCUUUGUAUGUUUUAAGGACAUGUUGAUCACUGUUUUUGUUUUUGGCUUGCAUGUAUUACAUUUCCUCAUGUUGCAUAUGUCUAUAUUCUGUAGAUAUCUUGAGUUGAUAUUUAUGAUAGAUUCAUGCAGUGUGUUAUGAGAGGAUGUGGAUGUGUGGGCAAGCCCGCCUGAAGUUGCACUGAUAGAAACCUGUAUGUCUCUUUUGCUCGCGUGAUUGUGGGCUGAGAACUGGUGAAAGGAGACAUUUUACAGUGUGAGAUGUGGAUAUUAUUUUUCUCUGAAAGGCCUUAUUGCGUUAUGGCUUGGUUUGUUUUUAAUUUUAUUUAAUGUCCCUCUAAUUUAAUGUCUGUUAUGGCCCACAUAUGGUAUUGCUAUGAAGAUUCGUGUAUCAUCACCACUAAUUCGUCUUGUUUAAGAGUUGAUUUUACUGGAUCAUUUCUAACAUUAAUGGAUUAUUUUUAAAAAUGUACAUUGAAUCCCAAAACUGAUUGGAGUAGAUGUUAAAAAUGAGACAGACUUUUGCAUUUGUGUUCAGGGUGGAAGUCUGAAGGCCUGAAAGCUCACACUGUGUACCACCUACUACUUAAGUCUUAGCAUAACUAAAAAGUCACAGCAAAUAAAAGUGCACUCAAAGCCUAAAUAUGAGGUGUAAUGAUUUGUUUAUGAAGAGUAUGACUGGUAUUAAAUCUGUUUUUGUAAUUUUCAUGUUCACUCAUGUCUCUACAGGGAUAAUACGAUAUAAGUAAACUUCACUAAUUCAAAAUAUGUGUUAAACUGUCAGUUCUUGUUUCAUAAGCAUUGACAAUCAAAACAAUUUUUUAAGUCUUGCUUCCAGUAAAUCACAACAUUAGACAGCUAACUAACAAAGAGCCCAAUGUAGAUUUCACCUUUUCUUUUUUCUUUUUUCACGCUUUACUGGUCUUUUUUUAAAUUUAUACCAUGCAAUACUGACUCAAGAGUGCACAGUUUGAGCUUUCAGAUGCAGCAUUUAUCAUUCCAUUUGAAACAUUGUCAUAUACGUAUUUUACAUUAUCAAAUGUUUGCCAGGGUUAGACCAAUAUUCUUGUUUUCUGACAAAUUAAAUGCAUCUGGUUUGAAAUAAACACAACAGAUCCAGA